AGUCAACAACUUUAUGAUAUUCUAGAAAAACCUAAGGGGGAUCUAAUCUCUAUAACCAAACUCAGAUCCGUUUAUUGCACAUAGCCAUUACCAUAUCAAAUCACCAAUAUCAGAAAACAAUGUCUUCUUCAGGGGUUAACCUACAAAGUUUUUUAAUUCCACUCAAGGAGAUCAAGUUGGCAACGGCAGAUUUCAGUCAUGAAACUCAGAUCGGAAACGGUAGACUCAGUGUGAUCUACAAAGGUCAUCUCUCAGAACGUUGGGAAAACCGCAUUGUUGCAAUCAAACGAAUUAAAAAGGGUAGUAAACAAGGAGAACAAGAGUUCCAUAACGAGCUCCAAAUGAUUUCUAUGUUUCACCAUCAAAGUAUCAUCCCUUUCGUUGGUUACUGUGAUGAAAGCAGUGAGAUCAUUAUUGUUUAUGAACAUGUUGUCAGUGGUAGCCUUGAUCAUUGUCUUAAAGACGAGAUUAACAGGCGUUGCAUAACAUGGGCACAACGCCUCAAGAUUUGCAUAGGGGCAGCAAGAGGACUUGGGUAUCUUCACUCGGGUAUAGGUGAAGGCAUCCCAGUAAUUCACAGAGCUGUUAAGAGCUCAAAUAUAUUACUAGAUGACAAUUUGGAAGCAAAAAUUUGUGGUUUUGGUUUGUCACAGUUUAGCAACAUAAAACAGCGAAAUACUCGAAACAAUGCAAAGGCUUCGGGUACCCGGUAUUACAUGGAUCCUAUUAACCAUGGAAGUGGUGUAGCCAAGAUCGAAUCGGAUGUUUAUUCAUUUGGGGUCGUGUUGUUUGAAAUGUUGAGUGGGAUGUUGGCUGAUUCUACAAGGAGCAUCGAUGAUCAUAAGCCACAAACUCUGCUUAAUCUUGUUCGACGCUACUAUGAUGAUGGGGUGGAGAAGUUAACUGAUCCGUGUAUAAUAAAUCAGAUCAAUAGUCAAUCUUUUCAGAUGUUUAAAGAAGUAGCAUAUAAGUGUAUCAGUUUCAUAGUGGAGGAUCGCCCUACGAUGGAUGUGAUAAUCAAGAAACUUGAGGAAGCAUUAGAUAUUCAAAACCAUGGAGCUACUUCAACCACUAUCGUUCAAAGCUACCCAUAUCAAAAGUUGGAACGUUUUCUAAUUCCACUGAAGGCGAUCAAUUUGGCCACUAAUGAACUAAGUAAAGAAACUCGAAUCGGAGAUGAUGGGAAUGGUUGGGUCUACAAAGGAAUACUCUCUGAACGAUGGAAAAAUCUCACAGCGGCCUUUAAGCGCUUUAAUCCCAAUCGUUACCAAGCAGCACAUAAAUUCCAUAAUGAGAUUGAGAUGAUGUCCAACUUCAAUCAUGAAAACAUCAUCCCUUUCAUAGGCUAUUGUAAUGAAGGGAAUGAGAUGAUUAUAGUUUCUGAAUACGCUGAAAACAAUACCCUUGCUCAUCAUCUUUAUCUCUACCGAAGGAGUCGUUUCAUAACAUGGGAACAACGCCUUAAGAUUUGCAGAGGAGCAGCUAGAGGACUCAAGUAUCUUCAUUCAGGUCUUGGGGAGUACAACAGAGUGAUACAUAGAGACUUCAAUAGCGCACACAUAUUGUUAGAUGGCAACAUGGAAGCAAAAAUUUGUGGUUUUGAAUGGUCAAUAUCAGUCGAACGAAAUCAAAAACAAGUCACUGAACUUGCUGCGGUUAACACAAAUUCAGUUUACUUGGAUCCCAUUUACAGUGAAAGUGGCAUCGUUAAGACAGAAUUAGACGUUUACUCAUUUGGGGUUGUACUUUUUGAAGUGUUGUGUGGGAUGUUGGCUUAUAGUAAAAGGAGGAUUGGUGAUGAUGAGCCACAAACACUCCUAAAUUUGGUCAGACGCUACUAUAAUGAAGGACAUGAUAACUUAAUUGAUCCUCAAAUAAGAGGUGAAAUUAAUACUCAUUCUUUUCAUGUGAUUAAAGAAAUUGCACAUCGAUGCAUUAGUUUGAACCUAAAGGACCGCCCCACAAUGAACACGAUCAUCAAGAGCAUUGAAGAAGCACUAGAUAUUCAAAACCACGGAGCAGUUUCUACAAUUACCCAACCCAACCAACAAUCUCAAAAGCUAGAAAGAUAUCUAAUUCCACUAAAGGAGAUCACUUUAGCAACCGCAUGCUUCAGCUCUGAAACUCGGAUCGGAGAUGGUGGAUUUGGUGUGGUUUAUAGAGGACAACUUUCUGAGCAUUGGGAAAACUGCACAGUUGCCAUCAAACGCCUUGAUCCGCAAGGUCAUCAAGGAAAGAAUGAGUUCCUUACCGAACUUAACUUGAUUUCCAAGUUCCAUCAUCAAAAUAUCAUCCCUUUCAUCGGUUAUUGUGAUGAAGCCAAUGAGAUGAUCAUAGUUUACGAGUACGCCAACAAUCGAAGCCUUGAUUAUCAUCUCCAAGACUCGAAUAAAAGGCAUUGCCUAACAUGGGUACAACGCCUCAAGAUCUGCUUAGGGGCAGCAAGAGGGCUCAACUACCUUCACUCUGGGUUAGGCACCAACUUCUACAUGGAUCCCAUUUAUCAUGAGAGUGGCAUCCUCCGUAAAGAGUCGGAUGUGUACUCAUUUGGCGUGGUGAUGUUUGAAUUGUUGAGUGGGAUGUUGGCUUUUUACAGAAAGAGCUUUGGGGAUGGUAAACCACAAUAUCUAAUAAGUUUGUGCAUAAGUCACAAAUCGGAGGAACGCCCUACAAUGGAAACAGUCAUAGAAAGGAUUGAGGAUGCAAUGGAUUUUCAAGAACUUAAGAAGUGUAAAAAGAGGAAAACUUGAGAACCUGUUAUUGUGGUUGCCUGGUUGGCAGGGUGUGUUGUUAUAUGUAUAAUGGCGAAGAGUAUCAAGUAAAACUUGGAUAAUUAAUUGAAUUGUG